AUGAAGAGGCACGCGAUUGUUUCUGCUAUCGCCGCUACAGCUGUUCCGGCUCUUGUGAUGGCUCGUGGUCACAAGAUCGAGAAUGUUCCUGAGAUGCCUCUCGUUGUCAGUGACUCAGCUGAAGCCGUGGAGAAGACUUCGGCUGCGAUCAAGGUUUUGAAGCAGAUCGGUGCUUAUGACGACGCCGAGAAAGCAAAGAACAGUAUCGGAAUCCGUCCUGGUAAGGGUAAAAUGAGGAACCGUCGUUACAUUUCUAGGAAAGGUCCU